AAGAUCUUUACAUUUUCAGUGCUUGCUGUCAUGGUGCAGAUAUUUUGCAAUUUUUUAAUCUUUUAACUAGUUGAAAGUUUGUUGUUUUUCUUGACAAGUUGAGAAUACCUGCUAUAAAAAUCCACCUAGACUGAUACGGAAUACAUGGACUUGAAUCCAAUACAAACCACUGAACGGAUAACAAAAGGAAGACACUUAUCCAACAAAAAGGAGGGGGUGAGAUAAGACUUGGCCAAUAUGCACAAGAUUUUACUCAAAUUGUGGUCUGUGUGAGGAUAUUGUGGUUGUUGGCUAAUACAUCUUUAAGAUAUACCAUCCUUCUCAAUAUCCAAACAGAGUUUUCACCUCCCAUUUGACUCUACAAUGAUCAGAGGCACUUCUUAUUAUGGUAUUGCUGGUGGUCCUGAUACAUUCUUAUCUUUCCAUUGGUUAUAUGAAGUCUUAGAUAUGCCUCUUUGUUCGAGUGAAUUUUGUAGUUUGUCAGCUUGUGCACAUAGGGUCCGAGUCUUGUUGCUUUAUUAGAAAGUGUAAUUCUGAGAAACUGUUGGUGUACACUAGCUCUUUUGUUUUUCCCCUCUUUUGAACAUUUUCCAUAUGAUCGUAUUUAUAAUUAACUGAACAGAGAAUCAUGCAGUAAGUUGGUGAUGUUUGCUCUAUUUUUUACCUUUCAACACAUUAACAAUUUUCUGUCACUCCAUGUACUAUGUCAGAAAUGAAGUUUCAUUAUGAAUAUGUAUGUAAAAUAGUAUUUAAGAUGUUUUAUAUAUGCUUAAGGGGGCCGUAUCCAUUGCAUGUGGGAGACCUCUUCCUUGGGUAGUAUUCAUCACAUAAGAUAUCUCAAAUACUACCACCCUACAAGAACCUUGGCUUUAUGAGAUAUGAUGAGGACUCUUGAUAAGUAGAAAAUCUACUUUUGUAUUUAGACUAAUGGACUUGUGGUUGAAGGUCCGAGACAAACAUAACAAUCUUAUUGGAACUUGAAGGAGAAGUGAAAUUGUGAAUGCCUAAGUGAACGUUCAAGAUUGGAUUCAGAAGCUGAGGUGACCGGAAGGGAGCAAACGAAGUGAGGCCACUUUAUAGUCAUGAAAGAGGAUUUGAAAAUAGCAGUGGAUUCUGUGAUUUUAGGCUCAGAUGCAAAAGUCCCUGUGAUUGAUACAUGUGUGAACCAGUGAACAUUAUCAGCCAUUGGUUGACAUAGAUGGCUUUAAGCACUUGUAAUUCUUUUUUUACCAGGUAUAUCUCCUACAAUAGUCUCAGUCCAUGAACCAUACCGAGCAGUACUGAUGGAAUGUUACAUGUUGAUGCCAAAUCUCUGGCUGAGCUCUGGAUAAUCUGCAAUAUGAUGGAUAUGGAAAGGGAUCCACCAUUGGUUCCAUCUCGGACAUGAGGGUGCAACAUCUUAUCGAAAAGUGUCUGAUCUUCCGCAUGAGCAAAGAUGAGUGCAUGGAAGCCCUUUUUAGACAUGCAAACAUCAAACGCGUCAUCACCUCCACUGUCUGGAAGGAGUUAGAGAAAGAGAACCGCGAGUUUUUCAAUUCCUACUCACUAUCCCAGUCUCAAUCCUCAAGCGGAAAAGAUCUAAUGUCUGAAGCUGAGACGAGCAAACUGAUCCAGAAGUUGAUAUCAGACAACGAUGCCAAGUAACUCAAAUACAAUUCUUAUACUACAACAUAUCAUAACGUUACGUUACGUAUCGAUAUAACCUGCUAGCUAGCUAGUUUGCUUACGUGUAAAAUGACCAAAUUACCCUUUUUCGUGGUUGGCGGGCGCAACGAGGGUUUGGGGUUGGGUGAAGUUGAAAUCUUGGGGAAUCAAUUCUGUCUAUAAGAAGCAGUCACGGUCUAAUGGUGUUUGUUUUGUUUUUGUUGUAAUGUCAGAAGCCAAUGAAGCUGAAAAUUGUUGGGUCCAUAUCAGUUGUCUCUUUCGUAUACCUUUUUUCCAAUAGGAAAUCUGAACCAACGGUCUAAAAUAUGUGUGGCAAAGCACAUAACUCUAAAAAUCUUAUCAAAUCGAUCUUUUCUGG